UUUCACAUAAAGACUGGCCUGGAAACAUCCGGAGAGCUUCUUCAAACUCGCGCAGGAGACUCGAAACAUGUUCCGCUGCGGAAUCGCGUACCCGAGGUGCAGGUGGAUCCUGCCUCUGCUGCUGCUGUUUGCGAUCAUUUUCGACAUUAUCGCCAUCGCGGCGCAGUCAGGAUGGGUGGAGGACGAGAACGCCAAGACGCACUACGCCAGCAUGUGGAAGCAGUGCCGAGGCCGCAACGACCAGUGGGACUGUAAAUCCCUCAUGGAGUUCCCCUGGGCCCAGGCAGUCGCCGCUCUGAUGAUCAUAGGCCUCAUCAUCCUCCUCAUCGCCUUCAUCGUCUCGUUCGUGGCUCUCUGCGCCGGCCUCAACAUCGCUCUGCUUCCUUUAAUCGGAGGUCUCCUUAUUUUGGCUGUGAUCGUCCAGAUAAUCGCUCUGAUCAUCUACCCGGUCAAGUUCAACGAGCUGAUCUACGAAGGCUAUUACGACUACACGUGGGCGUACGGCUUCGGCUGGGGGGCCACCAUCCUGAUGCUGGGCUGCGGGAUCCUCUUCUGCUGUCUGCCCCGCUACGAAGACGAGCUUUCCGGCUUGUCCAAGACCAAAUACAUCUACACCACUGCCUGAGACCCCAAACUGCUCAAAACGCCUCUGGUAAAGGACAAUGUUAAGCCGCGAGACUAAAAGUCUCCCCGAUCUUCCCAAACCAAACUAUAGGAGCGUACUGACUUUGAUGAGGGCUGUCCACGCCCUUUUAUCUUACUUUUGAGAAUUAACUUUUUAAUAAUUUUUUUUAUCAAUAAUAAUCAUUCACAAACAGGCUGGGCUUUGAUGCGUCUCUCCACAAAGCAAUAUUCCAAAGCUCCGCAUUUACACUACAUUAUGGUUCCUUCACACAUUACAUGUAAAUAUAAGUAAAGAACAUACAAAUAAAUAAGUGCAUGUAGUUUGCUUAAGAGUUUACACAUGAACACUGCGAUUUAAAGUGUGCCUGACUGUAUGUUUCUUGAACAUGUCUACAUAUCAACAUUAAGGAAGUGUUUUUAUUUUUAUUAAUGUGUCAUUCCGUGGUUUAUCACACUAUGCUGGAGUGCACACUUUCUUAAAGUGCUCUUGUUUGGCUGGCCGACGUGAAGUGAACCAGAGCUCCUUAUCAUCUUGGCAUCAAGCGUGGUUUUAUAGUAAGAAGGGUUUUUUUUUUAAUAUUGAAACAUCUUGAUGCAUUCAUGCCGCGAUCGGCAUAAUUUCAAUUAGUCCAUUUGAUGUGUAAGUGGAAAAAAUUUUAUUCAAAAGUACUUGGCUUGUAAACUUUGCGAAAUUGUAUUUUAGUAGAUUAUUUAGAUUUUUUUCACUUUGUCGUUUGCAGUUCUUUUGUGAUAUGAAUAUGAAUACCAAUCUUCAAUAAAGGGAGCCUUGCUGUUAAGACACCGA